GUUGUGUGUUGGAGCCUCUCCUGCACAGAUACUGGCCAAGGAGCUGGAGGAGCCCCUGUGUGUCCCGUGGCUCGUUUCAGCAGCCGUGUCUGUCUGCAGUCACCCGGCACUGCCUGCAGUGAUGCUGGGGUUUAACAGGAGCUGGCUGAUGGCUCCUCCACGCAUUGGCUGCACCAGCCGGGUCUGCACGGCCAAUGUCUCCUGCAGGCUGGGAGAGCCAACUUGGAGCCCCCAGUUUACACAUGGCACGAAGCAGUGUCCUCAUCCUCAUCCCAGUCUGGAAGUGCAGGGAGGGGGCUGUGACCCAGCAGAGCGAUUCCCAGAAAAAGCCUGAAGGACCGAUGUAGAGUUCAGUAAAUUCAGUGAUGAGAGUGAACCAAAACACCCAAUCCAUCUUCCCAUGUUUGUCCUUCCUCCCAUCUGCUGCAUUCCUGCAGCGCUGCUGAGCCCGGCACAUCCCCAAGCUCUGCUCUGCGUCUGGCUCAGCUUAACCCCUUGGCUGCUGCAGCUCCUCCGCCUCCGCAUGGCCCCAUUCCCAAGCUCCUUUCUCAGGCUCCUUAAACCACAGCCCGGCGCUGGGAACCAGACCCGGCCGUGCUCCUGCCCCUGGGCUGUGCAGUGCUUGGGGUGCUCCGUGCCCGGAUCAUUCCCAGCUUCCAGUACAGGAAGGUUUGGAGCCCCCGAGCUCAGCACGUUGCCGGUGUGGGCACAGAGGGACCCGGCCGAGGCACAGCACACGGGAUGGAUGCCGGCUCCCUGGAUGCAGCGGUGCAGGGCGCCCUCCAGGCCCUCUACCCGCCCUUCGACGCCACGGCCCCCACGGUGCUGGGGCAAGUCUUCCGGCUGCUGGAGACCAGCUACCAGGGUGAUGGGCUCUGCUGCCUGCUCCAGUUCCUCAUCCCAGCCAAGCGCCUCUUCGAGCACGUCCGGCAGGCAGCCUGCGCUCCCUACUUUAACUGCAUCUUUCUCCAUGAAGGCUGGCCCUUGUGUCUGCACGAGAAGGUGGUUGUGCACCUCGCGCCGCUCAACCCGCUCCUGCUGCGCCCUGGGGACUUCUACCUGCAGGCGGAGCCGUGCGAGGAGCACUCGGCGCGCAUCGUCCUCAAGCACCUCUCCCAGGACCUGUGCACGGUGGAGGAGAUGCCGGUCCCCGAGGCUGCCUACGCGCUGCUCUUCACCAACGAGUGGCUGGAGGAGAUCAACGGCGACCGGGCCGGAGCCCCCCUGCAAACCUGCCUGGUGGCCACUGAGAAUGGCAUCGCCCCGCUGCCGUGGAGCAGCAUUGCCACACCGGAGUUCAUCGACAAGCCCAAGGCUGGAGCUGAUGGGAUGUCUGUGGACACCCAGCGUGACCCUGCUUCUGAAGCCGCAGUCGAGUCAGCAACACCCAGCGUGCCCGUGCCCCACGGCAAGGCAGGCAUCCCCGGGCCCUAUAGCAACGUUGUGGGCACCAUCCCGGGCUGCAAGGGCACCUCUCGGAAGUCGAGCCAGGGAAAAUACCCGGGACUGAUCAAGGUGGACCAGGCUGGGCUGCGGAAGAAGCCGAGCGCGCUGGCCAUGCCCAGCCUCUGCGAGAUCAUCAGCCAGAACCUGGAGGGGGAGUACGUGGACCUGCUGGAGCUGUCCCCGGAGCAGAUGGGCCUCCUGGCCAGGUCCCUGCCGGCGGGCGCCGGGAACAAGGCUGCGCUCCCCUGUGUGAACGGGGGUCCCUGCGGGGCGACACCGAGCUCGGAGGAGGGUCCCUGCACCCCGUGCCUGGGGCGGGAGCUGAGCCGGGAGCCGGGGCCACACGGGCCACGGUGCCGCCACCGCGACUCGUACCUGGCCGCGCUGCAGAACCCGGUGAGCUUCGGCGCCGGGCUGAUGGCAGCCAUCCUGGAGGAGCCGGACGGCCCCGGCCCCGAGCCGCCCCCCGCCGCUCCCCGUGAGAGCCCCGCGCAGCGCGGGAUGGGGGCCGGCAGCCCCACGCUCCUCACCCCCCGAGCCCAGGCAGGGGCGCGGCAGAGCAGCCCCCGGCUGCCCCAGGGCUCCGGCCACAAGUUCUCCUUCCUGAAGGGGCCCCGGCUCGGGGCGGCCCCUGGGGAUGAAAGAGCCGGCAGCCAGCAGGAAGGGGCCUGGAGGAAGAUGUCUGCCAUCUACUCGCCCAGGAUGGGCAGAGCCAAGGCAGGCGGGAAAGGUUCGGAUGUGGCAGCCCCUGCCCCUGCGGAGGAACGACCCAUGGAAAGCUCCGGCUGUAAGAAUGGACCCUCCAUGCCCAGCACCAGCACCAGCACCAGCACUGUGGGCUGGGAGCCGCCGGCCUGGCAGGACCUGCACACGGGGCUGCUGCACUCAGGCAUCGUGUGCCUGCCAGGCAGCUCAGACAGGCAGGGCAGGGCCCUGCUCCAGGUGACCACCGGUGGCAGCGCCUGGGGGGCCGCGUGGUGCUCGGCCGCUGAGCUGGGGACGCUCAUCCUCUACCUCUGCUCCAUCGCCAGGCAAGACACGAAGGACGCCGGCCUGACCGUCGUGGUGGAUGCCAGGAAGCAGCCGCCUGCUCCUGUCCUGUUCUCUGCCCUCCGCUCUGCCCAGAGCAUCUCGCCGGGCUGCAUCCACACCGUGCUGCUGCUGGCCGAGAAGGAGCUGGUCACGCACCGCGAGAAGCUGCCCGGGGUGCAGGUGGAGUCGCUGCCGUCGCUGAAGGCUCUGGGCCGCUUCGUCGACAGCUCCCAGCUGACACCGGAGCUGGACGGUGCCUUCCCCUACAGCCACGGCGAGUGGGUGCAGUUCUUCCAGAAACUGCAUCCCUUCACGGCCAGCCUCCGGCGGGCAUCGGAGCUGCUGCGGAGCUGCAUCCAGGAGCUGCGGACUGGCAACACGCUGGUGGUGACACAGGAUGCGGGCGCCUGCAUCGGGAGGCACCGGGAGCUGAUGCGGAGGGUGCUGAGCGAUGCGCCGCUGGUGUGGGUGCAGCGCGAGGGGGGGGCCGUGCUGGCCAGGCUGCGCAGGGAGGCCGCCCGGCUCCGCACCUCGGCCCACGUCAGGACCAGCAUGGAGUCGGCCGAGGCGCUGUACAAUCAGCUGGAGGAAGAGCUUCAUGACCUGGUGUUCCAGUCCAACAGCUCCCUGGAGCGCCUGGAGUUCCUCCGGAAGGUGCGGGAGCUGGAGGCUGAGUUCAGCAAGCUGGGGCUGUGGCUGGACGGGGAGGCAGCGGCGCGGCUGCAGGAGAUGGGUGCUGAGGAGUGGAGCCCCGAGAGCUUCCUGGGGUCUGACGAGCAGUUCAACGAGUUCCUCGCCCAGGCAACAGCUCAGUACCGGCACGGCCUGGUGCUGUGUCAGGAGGCAGCUGAGGUCCAAGGCGCAGCUUUCCCAGAGGCAGACCUCUUCCAGGCGGCCGUGGCCCUUUUCCGGACGAAGCUGACGAGCUUCCACAGGCAGGUGGAACGGCGCCAGGCGGAGCGGGAGCUGCUGCGGGACCUCGGAUGCUUCUCCAGCAAGAUCGCGGGGCUGAAGCUGUGCUGCGGGCAGUGCCCGGGGCGGGGGAAGCGCGAGGAGGGCCGGGCGCUGCAGGGCCUGCAGAGCUCCUUCCAGAAGCUGUUGGUGGAGUUCGCCCUGGAGAAGCUGCAGGAGAUGAAGGCUCAGGUGCGCAGGAUGCGGAGCAGCCCCGCGCUGGCAGCCUGGACCGAGGCACGGCACCGGUACCAGGAGACGCGGCAGGUCCUGGAGGAGAUGCUGGCAGAGCUGCAGGAGGCCUGGGGAGCUGAGGCCGAGGGGCACGGAGGCUCCUUCAGCUGCCCCGGCUCGGGGUCUGCUGCCCCUUGCGAGGGAGCUCCUGAGCCAGCGGUGCCAGGGGAGCAACCAGAGGCCGGUGCCGGGACAGGACAGCCCCGGGCCAGCAGCGCUCCCAGCCCCUCACUGGGUGCGGAGCCAAGUUCCCCGCAGCCCCACGGCCAUCAGGGGCCGGAGGGUGAUCCUGCCUCUCACCACUGCGCCUCUGCCAACACCUCCCUCCCCAAACCCGAGAGCGGAGCCUGCCCGGGCGCUGCAGGACUCACCCACAGCAGCCGGGUCCUCCAGAGACAUCCCCUCACAGCGCCGGCCCGGGCGCGUCUUCCAGGCACCGACCCCCCGUGUCCCGCGGCCGUGCCCCCCGGGGCCGGCACACGUGGUCCAUCCGCCCAUAAGCGGGCAGAAUACUUCCAGGUUUCCAGCCAGAGCAGCUUCUCCUCUGAGGACUCCGACUCGCAGAACUCCACCGAGGACGCCCCAGCACCGAGCCUGGCCUUGUCCUGGGACCUGCAGAGCCCGAGACCACGUUGCCCCCCCGAAAAGCCCUCCCAGAUCAUUUACCUGGAGAACCACCACACCGAGAGUCCAGCUAAAGCAAAUGCCAAGUAAGCAGUCCCAGUCAGGGCUGUUUCUGCCCAGUGGUUGAGGUAUCCAUCACCAGCUGGAUGGGACAUCCCAUGCUCGGAGGUGGGGUCUGCUGCUGUUCCAGCAUCCUUCAGUUUCCUGUCCUUUUUCUCACCCCACCGUGGUGCAGCACUGACUUCAUGGCUACGAGGUCUGUUAAUACUAAUAGCUGUGUAGUAACCCUCACCUAAAGUGCACUUACCUCUACAAGCAGUUCCUGGAACAGCGGUUCCCCGCAGGCAGGAGCCAGGCUUGGAGCAUCCAUGGGGAGCACAGAUGUGGGCUGGGGUGCACUG